AUGGUGGAAGCGGCAAGCUCGAGCUGUCAUGUCAAUUAUCUCAAAAUGUUUAUUAUUUUGUAAAUAAAUAUUAUAAUUUUACAAAAAUGUCAUCAACAGAGCCUUCACAAAAUAAAACAUGGGAACUUUCACUUUACGAACUCCAUCGGACGCCACAAGAAGUGAUAACAGAUGCCACGGAAAUUGCGGUAUCCCCACGAAGCUUGCACAGCGAACUGAUGUGUCCGAUUUGUUUAGAUAUGCUGAAAAAAACGAUGACUACUAAAGAAUGUCUCCAUAGGUUCUGCUCAGAUUGUAUAAUAACUGCACUUCGAUCAGGCAACAAAGAAUGUCCGACGUGCCGCAAGAAAUUGGUGUCGAAGCGUUCUUUGAGACCCGAUCCGAACUUCGAUUUGUUAAUAUCUAAAAUCUAUCCUAGCAGGGAUGAAUACGAAGCUCAUCAGGAGCGCGUACUGGCUAAGCUGAAUAUGUCUCAUUCCCAAGCGUCUUUAGUGAAUUCUAUUACUGAGGGUAUAAAACUUCAGUCACAGAACAGACCACAACGAUCAAGAAAAAACCAAGAAGAAAGCAGCAAUCCGUCGAAUUCAAACGGUACUUCGGAACCUGCUCAAAACGGGAACAGUUCCUCAGUGCCCAAAGAUGGGACAUCAGCUGGUAAUCCGACACCCCCUGGUCAGUCUACUUCCAACCCAGCGUCGGUGCGAAGUACCCCAUCUCCUGUACCUUCAAAUGUAAGCUCUGUGUCAAAAAACACAAGCACAACUAAAAGGGCAAAAUCUGUUCUUACAUCGGAACGCAGUGAGGAAAGUGAAUCUAGUGAUGGCAGAACUGAAGGUGAAAACUCAAUGGAUACAGAGGGGGAGGGGGAGCCCCUAAACCCAAAUGAAAUAGAGUUAGUGUUUAAGCCUCAUCCUACGGAAAUGACUGGAGAUAAUCAACUAAUGAGAGCCCUGAGAGAUAGUUCUGUGAGGUAUCUUAAGACUACGGCUAAUGCUUCAGUGGAUCACCUAAGUAAAUACUUAGCGAUGCGUCUCACACUGGAUCUGGAUGCGGAGUUGCCAGAGGCGUACCGGCUGCUCAACUUCUGUAUCUACGUAGCGCCCUCGCCCGGACAGUUUGUACCCCUCGCUGGCUCGCAGACACUGAGGCAGAUCAAUGAUAAAUUCUGGAAGGUGAACAAGCCACUGGAAAUGUAUUAUUCUUGGAAAAAGACUUAGGGAAUGAAACUCAUUUUAGUUAUGCUAUAACAUAACUAAAAUGAUAUCUAGAACAUAGUUUAGUGUAAUUACUAUAUGUAUAAGUAUUUUUAAUGUAAGAUAUAUGGACUCGUUA